AUGAUCUGUGCAUUGAGUCUCGUGCUUGUUUUGGCAGUCUCCUUUGGAGAGAUGGCCGAAGUCACCGACCUGACUGAGGAAUGGCUCCCAGUUGUCAAUGGAAUCUAUAAUCAAUGGGAUAGAGACAAAAUCCUGGCUCGACAUAACCAUUUCCGUAGUAAAGUACAGCCAUCUGCUGCAAACAUGGUAGCUCUGCAAUGGAGCCAUGACCUUGCAGGUCUUGCGCAGAGGUGGGCUAACCGAUGCGACUUCGGCUUUAACUUCCGAAGUCUGGUAACAGAAUUUAGUAGUGUAGGCCAGAACAUCGCCCAGGUGUAUGCCGGCACUCUUGAUUCUAUAAUGGAUUCGUGGAAUAACGAGAAGGCUGAUUAUGACUUCGAAACCAACACCUGUUCCGCAUUCUGUGCCCACUACACUCAGCAAUGGAGCCAUGACCUUUCAGGUCUUGCGCAGAGGUGGGCUAACCGAUGCGACUUCGGCUUUAACUUCCGAAGUCUGGUAACAGAAUUUAGUAGUGUAGGCCAGAACAUCGCCCAGGUGUAUGCCGGCACUCUUGAUUCUAUAAUGGAUUCGUGGAAUAACGAGAAGGCUGAUUAUGACUUCGAAACCAACACCUGUUCCGCAUUCUGUGCCCACUACACUCAGAUGGUGUGGGCUACAACCUCUUUCAUAGGAUGUGGCAGGGCUGCAUGUCCACCGCAUUCAUUGUACCGUCCUGACACGUACAUCGUCUGUAAUUACGGACCCGGAGGUAAUGUGACCCAUCGCCCAUACGAAUCAGGUGUGCCCUGUUCUAGUUGCCCUGAUAGUGAAGGAGAUACAUAUAGCUGCGAGAAUAAUCUUUGCACCUUGGGCUAAGGGCUUGGCAACGCUGACAUGACAACGAGAUUGGACUGAACUCCCCAACUACAACACGUCCAAAGGACCUGAUUACAUUUUUUGAGUUUUACUUCUACUCAUCUUUACUUCGCAACUCAUAAUUCGGAAUAGUGGGAAU